AAAUACCUACACUAUUUCCAGAGCCACCCUUUUCUCCAUUGCAUACAGUCCUCUCCCGAGCUCCAAAAGCUCCAAAGACAACAAUCGCUCUCUUCUAAAAUACAGGCAUAUAUUCCCCGUUAUUUCCCUUUCCCAACCCUAGAUUUAGGGUUUUCUUCGCUGCGCUCGUUUGCCUCUGUAAUGCCCCAUCUACACUCGCUUCAAUUACGGAAAUCCCAAUGUACGGACACCCACAGACCCUAAACAUGCCCAAUCAGAUCUCCGCGGCAGCCGAGGACGACGACGUUUCCGGCGCCGGUGCCGGCGCCGAGUCAAUCGAUAACUCCCUCAUUCGCUACGAAGCCCACUCAAUUGACGACGCUGCCGGCUCAGUAGGCGGUAUAGUCGAUGACGUCACUGCUGACGCUGUGUACAGUCAUGGUGGUAGUGAUGGUGGAGCCUCGGAGAUGGUGAUUCAGCGUCACGACGGCACCAGCCAGCUCACGCUCUCGUUUCGAGGCCAAGUUUAUGUGUUCGACUCUGUUACCCCCGAUAAGGUUCAAGCAGUGUUGCUGCUUUUAGGUGGAUGCGAACUAUCUUCAGGCCCACAAGCGGAGAUGUUGCCUCAAAACCAGAGGGGUGGUGUGAUGGAGUACCCUGUAAAGUGUAGUCAACCGCAAAGAGCAGCUUCAUUGAAUAGGUUCCGGCAGAAGAGAAAAGAGAGAUGCUUCGAUAAGAAAGUUAGAUAUAGUGUUCGUCAAGAGGUUGCUCUCAGGAUGCAGCGUAAUAAGGGCCAAUUUACUUCUUCCAAAAAGUCUGAAGGAGCUUAUAAUUGGGGUGCACUCCAGGAGUCAGGGCAAGAUGAUAAUCCACAAGAAGCCUCAUGUACACAUUGCGGCAUAAGUUCAAAGUCCACUCCAAUGAUGCGGCGGGGGCCAGCUGGUCCAAGGUCUCUUUGCAAUGCCUGUGGACUUUUUUGGGCAAACAGGGGGGCUUUGAGGGAUCUUUCCAAGAAAACCCAUGAUCAUUCUCUGACUCUACCUGAGCAGGGUGAAGGUGUAGCUAAUGAUUCGGACAGCGUAACUGGAAUCCAUACAAACAACAAUCUCGUUACUUACUCAAAUGGUGAUAACUCGGCUUUAAUAGCUGAGCAGUGAGUUGCAGUUAUCUUUACAAAAAAGACUAAUAGCAGUUGCCUCUGGCAUCAUUCAAGUAGGUUUGUAGUAUUUUCAUUUGGCUUGUCCAUCCAGUCAGUGUACAGAUGUAAUAGUGCCACCGUCAUCAUCAUCAUAAUCAUCAUCGUCAUCAUCUAUCAAAUGCAAGAGGAUCUCUCUUUUCUUAAUUAUUGGCACAAUGCAAAAGAUUAUUGCCAGUGGAUCAUCUUCUGAUGUAUCAGCAUGAAGCCUCACUUAUCUUAUCUAUAUUGGUAAUCAUGUAUACCAUAUAAAACUUUUGAUGCUACAAACACCCAUGCCGUGGCACGGUUCAGUGAAAGUCUAUAGCAUUUCUUUCUUCUUAAUCUUUUCAAUAAAAUAGUCGAGAGAUAUGAAUUGUUCA